AUGACUACAAUUAAGUUUGGGAGCAGCAUUGGAUCUUGUCGUCAGGGUGGAACUGAUGUGGGAACAUUUGAUGAAGAACCUGAGAUCAACAACUGUGAUCCAGAUAAACUUGUCCAGUGUCCGUUUGACAAGAGCCACCAGAUUAGAGUUUGUCGCCUCUCUUACCACCUUAUGAAAUGCAAGAAGAACCAUCCGCAACUUGCCAAGGAGUUGAAAACUUGCCCCUUCAAUGCUUGCCAUUUGGUCCCAAAGCACGAGCUGGCCCAACACACUAAAACCUGUCCCAACAGAACUGCACUGUUCACAAAGGAGGAUGGAAAUGACAAAUGGGGAAAAAGGGAUGUUCCGGUCAUGUCUCAGGCUCAGUUCAAUGCAGACAUGAGCGAAGACUGGGAAAAGGAGAUCGACAAGGCAGCCGUUCCGUUUAUUUGGAGUGCAGAACUAGGGGCCUUCACACAACAGGGGUAUGUUAAGCCUCAACUAAACCAGUCUUGA